UACGAAUGUCUGAGAAAGUUACGUAUCUUAUUUCUUCAAAUUAUCGAAAUAUUUUAAGACGUUUUAGAAAUGAUUUAUAAGUGUUACGAAAUUAGACAUUUUGUGGCGUAAAGAUGUUAAAUUAUAAAUUUGCAGGUAAAAUAAAUUGAAAAUUCUUAUCCAGAAAAACUGCAUUUAAAUUGGAUUUCUUGAAAGAUAUGGUUAAGGAUAACUGAUAUACCAUGAACCUUCUUUUAAAAUGGAGAGAUCAGUAAUACUUGCUGCCUGUACACUUAACCAGUGGGCUAUGGACUUCAAAGGAAACUAUGAACGAAUUAGUGAAAGUAUACGAGUUUCAAAAGAAAAGGGCGCGAGAUACCGUGGUGGUCCAGAAUUAGAAGUUACUGGCUACAGUUGUGGUGAUCAUUUCUAUGAAAGUGAUACAUUCCUUCAUUCAUGGGAAGUUGUUUCAAGACUUCUAGAAGAUCCAGUUUGCGAAGACAUCAUAGUUGAUGUCGGAAUGCCAGUUAUGCACAAAAACAUAGCAUAUAACUGCAGAGUAAUAUUUUUGAAUAAGAAGUUACUUCUAAUACGGCCAAAAAUUAUAUUAUGUGACAAUGGAAACUUCAGAGAAACAAGGUGGUUUACAGCAUGGAAGAAAAUACGAGAAACUGAAAUUUACCGCUUACCUUCCAUAAUAGAAAAUAUUUGUCACCAGCAAACAGUUUUAAUAGGCGAUGCGAUUCUUGCAACUGUGGAUACUUGCAUCGGGUUCGAAAUUUGUGAAGAGUUGUGGAAUGCCAGAAGCACUCAUAUAAGCCAGAGCUUAGACGGUGUUGAAAUCAUAUCAAAUGGAAGUGCAGCAUACCAUGAACUUCAGAAUACAAAGUCCCUUGUUGAUUUAAUAAAAACUUCUACAGCAAAAUGCGGAGGAAUUUAUAUUUUCUCAAAUUUACGUGGAUGCGAUGGAGAUCGGUAUUAUUUCCAAGGUUGUUCACUUAUUGCCAUGAAUGGAGAAAUCCUAAGUAAAGGCGAGACGUUUUCUUUGCAAGAUAUUGAGGUAAUUACAUCAACAUUAUGCCUCGAAGAUGUUAAAAUCUAUCGUAAUUGUAUUCGCAGUCGAAAUAUAGCAGCAUCAUUCUCAUCGCCAUAUCCACAAGUUGAAGUAGAAUUUAUGCUCUCUUCAGAUGAUUUUUAUCAGCAGCCAUCAGAACCUAUAGUUCUGAGGCACUAUUCAAAGGAAGAAGAAAUAGCAAGAGGAGCGGCUUGUUGGCUGUGGGAUUACUUAAGGCGUAGUGGUCAAGGAGGGUAUUUCCUAACAUUAAAAGGCGACAUCAAUAGCAGUUCUUGUGCUGUUGUUGUCUACUCGAUGUGCGUUAUGAUAAAGAAUGCAAUUGACAAUGGAAAUGAAACUGUUUUGAAAGAACUGAGGGAAAUUAUUGGAAAACCUACUUAUGUUCCUUGCAGUGCCAUAGAAAUCUGCAAUAAUCUUUUAGUGACUUGUUAUAUGGGUACAGAAUAUCUUUGUGAAAAUAGAUGCUGUAUAGUUAAACAAUUAACCUCUGAUAUAGGUAGUUGUCAUAUAGAAACAAACAUUGAUUCUAUAAUUGACGCUGUAGUACAUGUAUUCUCAACGACUAUGGGUUUUAUUCCAAAAUGCUCUUCUUCCAAUGGAAACACCAGAGAAAUAAAAGCAAUGAGGAAAGCGAUUGAGAGGAUUAAGAUGGUCAUGUCCUAUUUAUUUGCACAGUUAUACCUACUGGUAAAGCAUCGCUCUGUCAGUUUACUAGUUCUUGGAACUGGAGAUGCUGAUGAAGGGCUGGUUGGAUAUGGUACAAAGUUUGGCUUAAGUAGUGCUGAUCUGAGUCCUCUUGGAUCAUUUAAUAAACGAGAUGUACUGUUAUUUUUAGAAUUUGCUGUUUACCAUUAUAAGAUGUCAAAUGCAGACAAUUUAUUGCAUGCAUUGAAAGCAAACUAUAGCGGGGAAAGUACUGCCAAAUCGCUUGAGGAUCUUCAGAGUAAAAUGUUUUCUAGUGAAACAACAGCUUAUGGAAUUUUGAGAAAAUAUUGCAGAUGUGGACCAUAUUCUAUGUUUUGUAAACUAGCUAGUAUGUGGUCAAAUAAUUUGAGCACAACAGUUAUUGCCCAUAAAGUGAAAAGCUUUUUCAUUAACUAUGCUAAACAUCGCCAUAAAAUGAUGGUAGUCCCUCCAUCAUAUUAUGCAAAUCCAUCUAGCCAACAUGAUAACAGAUUUGACCAAAGACAGUUUGUUUAUAACAAAAGAUGGGAAUGGCAGUUUCAAGCAAUUGACAACUGCCUUCAAGGGGAAAAUACUACAAGCAGUUAAAUAUAAUACAUCUAGCCAACAUGAUAACAGAUUUGACCAAAGACAGUUUGUUUAUAACAAAAGAUGGGAAUGGCAGUUUCAAGCAAUUGACAACUGCCUUCAAGGGGAAAAUACUACAAGCAGUUAAAUAUAAUACAAAAUAAAACUAGUUAACCAAUUAUAUAGUUUCAUCUAUAUAUAUUGACGAGAAGAAAUGGAUGUAAUAUAUUGACGAGGAGAAAUGGAUACAAUAUAUUGACGAAGAGUAAUGUAUUCAUAACGUCAUUUCUUCGCUGUUUUAUCAACAUUAACGAUAUGCAAGUCCUACAGUUAAUUCAACUCGUUAUAUGCAAACCAAAGUACUUUUAAGUUCUCGUUCACGAAUACACAUUUCUGGCAUAUUUAUUACUUCUAAUCGCAUAAAUGUAUCACGAGUAAAUUUAAAUAAAGACAAUUGAUAAAA